UGUACGCCACGUUCGCGUCUGUCGAAGAAGGCGUUUACUCGUGCCUCGGGCGUCAUCACCUUCCGCAGCUCCCCAUCGGCGUCAUCCGACCAUCAAACACACACACGAGGGGAUACAGCUGGCCGGCAAGUGGGCACGGGUGAGCGGCCUCUCGUCACGCAAGACAACCUCUCCCAGCUGGCGCCUAACGCCGGAGAGCCCACAGCCCCCGUUCCUCGCGUCGAGCGCCACUUCAGCCCCACCAAGAUGAAGCGGCAGAGCCGUUCGAUGCUGCGUCGGGCCCUCCUGGGAGAUGACGACUUGGUCGAGCGGACUGGGGCAUGGAAUGUCUUUGGCUUCCGCGGGGGCGAGGGGACAGUGAGCGCCGUGGCACGGCUCUUGGGAAGCGACCGGUGCUUCGCUGGGCGGGAGCACGUCACUCGAGAGGGGAACACAGAACGGGUAGGCAUCACACAAUGGUACACACGCCAGUGUUUGAAUUCAGCUCUGGUUUCGUGUGUGUGUGUGUGUGUGUGCGCGCCAUUCAGAACUCACUCAAGGUCGAUGAGUCUUCGCCCUUCUUCCUCAAGAUCUCGCCCAUGCGGAGCCACCAUGCUCACAUCUUCGAGGCGGUCUUUGCAUACCGCAGCAUCAGCACAAUGCCUGCCAUCGCCGCCGCAGCCGCAGCACCAGCUCCAGCUCCCGCUCCUGUCCCUGCGGCCGCCGAUGCUGCGCUGGCUGACGGUGCAGAUGAGGACGACCCGCAGGGCGUCGGUGAAGUCCAGGUCUUCUAUGCUGGUCAGCUGGGGUUGGUGAACGAUCCAGACGAGAUGAACAAUCUGGACGAUUGCCUGUGAUUGACGAAUGAAUGUCGAUUGCCUUUUCGGUUGAGUUGUUGACACUUCAUGUGCGUCAGUGAAUUUGCUUGCAUGACAAGCAAAUGAGUCAAGC